CUCUUCUCGCGAGAAGGAGAGGGUGGGGCAGAGGGACCAGGGCAGCGAUCGUUGCCAGGGAAACGCCCUCGGAUUUGUGGCACCUACUCAGCUACAGAGAGUAAACUGAGCUGCAAAAUUCAGACCAGGUUCUGAGCCCUUAGUAAAAAGUAAUGACUGUAACAAGCUGAAUCUUGAAUAUUAUUAAUUGUAGAUUUAUUCAGGACCCUCAUGGGCUCACAUUUGUAAGCAGGUUUUAUUUAGCCGGAUGACUAAUUGGUAGGAGACAAGCAUGCCUGAUGUGUCCAGACACAGCAACGACAAAGCAUUUCCCCUGCUUUGAAAUGUUUUUUCCCCCAAAUCGAUCUGACCCGGUGUGAAUUCUCAAAAACCCACCUAAUGAGGAUGCAGUAGUAAGAGGAAAAAUUAGGAAGUUCUAUUGAAGAUAGGGGUUUUGAAACUAAAAGCAAAAGCAAAAACCCACGUUUGCCCUGAAUGUUCUUUGAAAGAACUGAGGAAAAGUUCGCCAGGGAGAUGUCUGAGAGCAAAAGGGAUGAAGACAGUGUGACAAGUGCAUCAGUGAGUAAAGCAAGCAAAGAAACUUCCUACAAGCGACAGAGUAAAGAUGGACCCUGGGACUCCUCACAAGUGAUGAAGAAACCAAAGCAGAACCAACUCUCCAUGGUAACUGACUCCGAAGUGGCUUUGGUGAAUGCCUACUUUGAACAAAGACGAGCUAGGCGCCAUUCCCAGUUCCACCGGGUGAGUCAGACCCAGCAAGACAGUGAUACCACUGAGUGUGACAGUGAGGAGUCUAACUCUGGAGCCUCCUCGUGGAAGGAGAGCGAAAGUGAGCACCACCCAUCGCCUGCCAGUGUCAAGAGGGGAAAGCCAGUGCCGAGGCCAAGAGAGCUGGAGAAUUACCAAAUCAGAGAAAGGCCCUGCCUCCACUGCAAAGCCAUGAGAACCAACGAAUGGUUGACACGUCACUUCCCGCCAAGCACGUCAGUAACCGCCACGAAGGGAGAGAUCCAAGAGGAGAAUUUGACACCCGGCAUCAACACAAAAUUAAGUAAAUUUUGAAUUUUGGCACCCUUGCCUUACUUGAAGUCAAAAGAAGGAGAUGAAUAAAACAUGAAAACCAGA